CGACUAAACUUUAGGAAGGGCAAGAGCUGUUUGACAGUGGAAUAGACUGGUGGCCUCUCCUUCCUUGGAGGUUUUUAAGCAGAGGUUGGGUGGCCACAAGUCAGGGGUUCUGUAGCUGUGAUUCCUGUAUUGCGGGGGGCUGGACUCAAUGUCUCCACAGGAUCCUUUCCAUCUCUACAAUUCUAUGAAAUCCAACUUGUGAAUCGUCAGGCUGAGGACGGAACGGACUGAGGCUGCUCUUUCCAUUCCUCCAACCUGCCCAUUUCCUUCCAUUCUGCCUCCCUCUCUCAGAAGCUACCCUCUUCCAGACUCCACCUCGGUGGGUUGAGAUAUCAUGGAGACAACCAAGACACUCCAGGUUUCUGAACCCACCUCUGCCAACCAGAGUGCCUUCCACCCGGCUUCGUUCAUCCUUCUUGGCAUCCCGGGCCUGGAGGCGUACCAUGGCUGGAUUGCCUUCCUCUUCUGCCUGAUGUACAUCGUGGCCCUUCUAGGCAACUCUUGCCUGCUGUACAUCAUCGCCACCGAGCGCAGCCUCCACCAGCCCAUGUACCUCUUCCUGGCCCUGCUGGCUCUGGCAGACCUGGCCUUGUCCUCCUCCACUGUGCCCAAAACCCUGAGCGUCCUCCUCUCCCUCUCCAAGGAGAUCUCCUUCCAGGCCUGCCUGGCCCAGAUGUUCUUCACCCACCUCAGCUUCAUCGCAGAGUCCACCAUCCUGCUCGCCAUGGCCUUUGACCGCUACGUUGCCAUCUGCCGACCGCUGCGCUACGCCGCCAUCCUCACCCGCCCCGCCAUCGUGAGGGUCGGGCUGGCAGCUCUCGCCAGGGGCUUCUGCGUGAUGCUCCCCACAGUCUUCCUCCUCCAGAGGCUGCCGUACUGUGGGCACCGGGAGAUGCCUCACUCUUACUGCGAGCACAUGGGCAUCGCUCGCAUGGCCUGUGCAGACAUCCGCGUCAACAUCUGGUACGGCUUGGCGACCACCCUUUUGUCUCCUGGCCUGGACGUGGUCCUCAUUGCCGUCUCCUACACUCUGAUCCUCAGGGCAGUUUUCCGUCUCCCAACCAAGGAUGCCCGCCUGAAGGCCAUCGGGACGUGCGGCUCCCACCUGUGUGUCAUAGUCUUGUUCUACACCCCUGCCUUCUUCUCUUUCUUUGCCCACCGCUUUAGCCACGGCACCAUCCCUCAGCACCUUCUCAUUCUCCUGGCCAACAUCUACCAGCUCCUCCCUCCUGUCCUGAACCCUAUGGUCUAUGCGGUCAAGACCAAAUGCAUCCGGGAGAGGCUGGCUCAGGCCCUCUGGAAAGCGGGGAAGGGGUGCUGA